AUGGCGAAUAUUAGUAAUAUGAUACCAAUGAAAAGUAUCAGUAGUAAUAUACGUAACCAACAUGAUAAACAGCUUUUGGCUAUUUGGGUAAGAAGACCGGGUGGCGUUCCUGACAUGACUCCCGAAUUCUUUUUAUACCCAGAGGGACAAGACUUCCUAGCCUGUGAUGGUGGCGGCAUCACGGUGUUAGGAAGUCAGAUAAAGGGAAGCGGUGACAAAAUAAAAAACAAAAGCAAACCUCCAUCUUUUAUGGAGGAAUUCUUUAAUGGUACUCAUUCUUCCACCACCACCACCAAAUCUGAUGUUCAAGUGGAUUCUAAUGUGAUCAUAGUAAAAGCUCAUUAUCCCCGAAAACUAAAAUAUGAAUGUUUCGUGAAAAAUAGGAUAUUAUUUUUGAAAGGGAAUAAUUUAAAUCUUACAGAAGAAUUAAAGGAUAGCAUCGUUCCGGCUCUUGAACUUGCCGAAGAAUUAAAAUGCAAUUCUUUGGUGGUUUGUCUUGAAAAAAAUAAUUCUAAUCUUUACACUUUAAUUCGUGCAUUCUUGUAUAUCGGCUUUGAACUGGUUUUACCCGGUACAUUUAAAAACGAUUCUAAUAAAUAUCUCCUUGUGGGAGUGGAAAUAUAA